AUGUCUGACUUUGUAAUUAAACCAAGUGAAGAAAAAUCAACUCCAGAUUAUUCAUCAUGGCCAUUACUUCUUCAAAAUUUUGACCAACUUGAAAUUAAAACAGGACAUUAUACACCUGCUUCAGCUGGUAAUUCACCAAUUAAUAGACCAAUUUCUGAACAUUUUAAAUAUGGUAUUAUUAACUUAGAUAAACCAGCUAAUCCAUCUUCUCAUGAAGUUGUUGCUUGGUUAAAAAGAAUUUUAAAAGUUGAAAAAACUGGACAUUCAGGAACUCUUGAUCCAGCUGUUACUGGUUGUCUUAUUGUUUGUAUUGAUCGUGCUACAAGACUUGUUAAAUCACAACAAGAUGCAGGUAAAGAAUAUGUUUGUAUUUGUAAGUUCCAUGAAGCUAUUUCAGAUGAACAACAAGUUAAAACUGUUAUUAAUACAUUAACUGGUGCUCUUUUCCAACUUCCACCAGUUAUUGCUGCAGUUAAAAGAAGUCUUAGAAUUAGAACAAUUUAUAAUACUGAAUUACUUGAAGUUGAUAAAAAAGAAGGACUUGCAUUGUUUAGAACUCAAUGUCAAGCUGGAACUUAUAUGAGAACACUUUGUGUCCAUCUUGGAUAUCUUAUGGGAUGUGGUGCUCAUAUGGAAGAAUUAAGAAGAGUUAGAUCAGGUAAUUUAACUGAGAAAGAUAAUAUGGUUACUUUACAUGAUGUUCUCGAUGCUAUGUACUUAUAUGAAAAUCAUGGUGAUGAAAGUUAUAUUAGACAUUGUGUUAGACCACUUGAAACUUUAUUAACUAAAUACAAAAAAAUUGUUGUUAAAGACUCUAGUGUAAAUGCUAUUUGUUAUGGUGCUAAAUUAAUGGUUCCAGGUUUACUUAGAUAUUCUAAAGGAAUUACUAUGAAUGAAAUUGUUGUACUUAUGACAUCUAAAGGUGAAGCUAUUGCUCUUGGUAUUGCUAAGAUGACAUCAGAAGAAAUGAUUACUUGUGAAUAUGGUGUUGUUGCUACUAUUAAGAGAGUUAUUAUGGAUAAAGAUUUGUAUCCACGUAAAUGGGGACUUGGACCACAUGCCCAACAAAAGAAGAAACUUGUUGCUGAAGGUAAGUUAGAGAAAUAUGGUAAACCAAAUGAUAAAACUCCAGCUGAAUAUUUGAAAGAAGUUCCCUAUAUUAAAUCAGAGAAAGAAGGAAAGAAAAAUGCUACAACUAAUGAAAUACCAAAAAAUAAAAAAGAAGUUAAAGUAGAGACAAAGGAAAAACAAAAGGGUGUUAAAGAAGAAAAGAAAGUUGUAGAAGAGAAGAAAGAAGUUAAAGAAGAAGAAAAGAAGAAAGAAAUAAAAGAAGAAAAUAAUAAGGAAAGUUCUUCAAGUUCAUCUUCUGAAUCUUCUUCAGACUCAUCAAGUUCAGAAUCAUCAGAUUCAGAGUCAUCAUCAAAUUCUAGUUCCUCAUCAUCAGAGUCAGACUAA